GAUGUUGACAGUCUUGCUGAGGGUGCUACGCGUGAAAUGGCUGCGGUUGGAUCUACUACCGCUUCAUCUGCUGCUGCUACUCCGGCUGUUUCUUCCAAUACCACUUCUAGCUUUUUGAUGGGUGCUAUUUCUGCUGCUGGUUCUGCUGUCAUAGGUGGAGCCGUUGCAGCUGGAAGUGCAGUCUCAAAUGCAGUUAAUUUUGGCAGCGAAAUGGAUGAAUCUCCCUCUACGGUUGUUGCUGAUGAGCAUGGUCGUACAACGUAUGAAUCAAACCAGACUACUGAUUCUUCUGCUGCCGCGUCUGCUCCUCGACGAUCGGAUGGAUCUACCAUUUACAAUGUCAGCCGUACCGGCAUGGAUGGUGUCAGUAGCGCCGUCUCUGCUACUUCAGGUGCCAUUGUUGGAGCUGGUAUUGCAUCUGCUGCCAAGACUCCCAAGGGAAAAACCUCCAGUACGGCUACCAAGACCGUUAUGACCACCACCACUACAACUGUUAAAAAGAAAAAAGGAGAUGGCACUAUUGCAGGUGAAACUGUUGUAACGACUCGAAAAGUAUUGACUGGUGACAAUGAUGUGAUCCAAGAGACUGUUAAUGUCAAGAAACACUCUCCAGAUAGAACCAGUGAUACGCUGACUCCACUAGGUAGCAAGUCCAUUGCUAAUCCAACGGUCUCGGAUAAGCCACUGCUCUCCAAAUCUACUAAUCUUGAAUCUCUGUCUAGCGCUGAUACUGUCGGGCUUCCUUCAAAGAUUGACAGCCAGUACGUGUCAUUUGGUCAUGGAGAAUCCACCUCUAAAUCUUCUAUUUUGUCUACAAGUCCAUACACGAGUGAUCAGCAUAAAGCCAAUGCUAAAAACUCUUCAUUAGAGACCUCUCAGGUCAUUCUUUCUGGAGCCGAUACUCGCUCCACUCAAAAUAAGAACCGCGACUCUUCCAUGUGGAUCCGUGGUGAACGGGUUACUCACGUGGAGCAUUUAUAUGAUGAGCAGGAUGAUGACGACGAUUUGAAUGCGUACCAUGCUCCUGCGCCUACUUCUCAUGUUGUUGUAGCCAACUACUUUCCAAGAAACUCGGACGAGAUGCAUCUCCAAUCGGGUGACUUGAUUGGUAUUGAAAAGCUGUACAAGGAUGGGUGGGCUCGUGGACAAAACCUUUCCCAAUCUCGUAAACGAUGCAUGUUCCCUAUGGCUAUUGUGACACCCAUUAUAUCUGGGCCAACUCAAACGGUUCGCAAAGGCAAGGGUAAUGUGUGGGUGGGAUCGUCGACUACGCACGGCACCACAAUUGAAGAACAGCAACAGGCUUUUAUGGAUCAAAACGAACUUGAAAAGGCUGCUCAUGCAAGUGCGCUACUGAAACGCAUUCCAGAUCGCGAAGAUUCUCUUCGUCGACUGAAUCGUAACGGACAGCAUCGGAUAGGUGGGGGCGACAUAUAUGGACAAGAACACUCUGAUUCAAUAUUGAAUUCACGAAAAGAAAUGCUGCGUGUGUCGUGGGACCAGCAGGGAGUUUCUGGGCAGCGUGUUGAUGAUCAAUACAGUUUGAGAUCACUCUCUUCUGAUGACUCGAUAAAGGCUGGUGCAGUUGUUGACCAUCGUGCCUCUUAGGAGCAUGGUUUAAAUUUUAUUGAUCUAUGUAAUGUAAUUUUGCCACUCAAUAAAUGAAUACUAUUUUCGUGUG